AUGCGAAAUUUGCCCCGGGAGGGAUCGCUAACCGAAAAACUUCAGUUUGUCUCAAAGCGUGUGUUGGCUGAGCAUGACAAAGGUAAAAAACAUCAGGCUAUCGUAGCUGCUAGACAACGUUACGAAUAUUCACAACUGUCAAGUAUUUAUGUGUCGAGAAUUAAACAACACCAUAAUGAUGAGCAAUUAAAAAAUUAUUUUGCUCAGUUUGGAAGUAUUAAAGAUUGUUUUAUGGACAAAGAAAAGCAUGUUUAUGCCAUUAUUGAAUAUGAAAAUCCCGAAUCAGUUGAACGAUGUUUAGCGUCCGGUAAUGAACAUAAAAUUCAAGAUGAUCGAUUAAAAGUAAAAGCACGUGUUCAAAAGCCAUUUCAAGCUAAAAAGAUGAUAUUGAGUGAACAAGAAUUUUUAAAGCUAAAUACAGAUAAAGAAAUUGAAAAACAUACACAAAUGGUUCAUGCACUCAACAAUUGUUCAACGGUUGAAGAACAAGCCAAAUUAGUGGUUGAAUAUGAAAAAAUGGCCGAUGUUGACCUUCGUCAAUGUGAACAAUUUUAUUUGGAAUUACAAAAUUUAUUUUCAAAACACUUUCACGAUUCAAAAUUGAAUUUAACCGGCUCAAUGGCUAAUGGUUUAGCAACGGUUUUAUCCGAUAUGGAUUUAGUUCUUGUACUUAAUGAUACGUACAUUGAACCACAAUCGUAUCAUCAAUCAUACAAUAGUGAUGAUAGCAUACGUAGUCCCAUUAAUAGUAAUACUAACACUGAAAAUUCAAAUGAGUCAAAAAUGGACGUUGAAAAUGGUAACGAAAAGCUGGCAAUGAGAAAUAAUUCGUCAAGCAACGAAGCAUCAUCCUCAACACCAUCACCAUUGUCCGUCAUUCAUUCAGCCAAUGAACUUCUUCAACAAUCUGUUGCUGAUCGUCUCGAUUAUAUUGGCCGUUUGCUUCGCAAUCAUGCACCCAAUGUGUGUCACAUUCAACGCAUAUGUCAUGCACGUUGUCCACUUGUACGUUUUUGUCAUAAACAACAAAAACUAUUUUGCGAACUUUCCAUUAAUAAUCAUCUGGCUGUUUGUAAUACGGAAUUGAUUCAACUUUAUCUUGAAUUAGAGCCAAAUCUUCGUUUAUUGUUAUAUACACUUCGAUUAUGGGCGAAACAAAAAGAUUUAUUUGGAAAAGGAACACGUUUUAAUACCUACACUCUUUUCUGGAUGCUUGUAUUCGUUUUACAACAAUUGCAGCGUUUACCGAGUGUUUCAAUGUUAGUUCAAUUAUCUGCCAAUCAGCGUAUACAUGGUCCGUGGAAUUGUUCGGUACCAGACGUUAAUCAAGUGAAAAGUGUUUUUCAAUCAGUUUCGGGUUGUACGUUAGAGCAAAUGUUACAAUCGUUUUUCUCAUAUUAUUCGUCAAUGGAUCCAGUAAAAUAUUCUGUGUCCGUAUGGUCUGGUAUGAACAGUGAGGUACAACAACAACCCUCAUCUGGUUGUGCUCUAUUAGUUCAAGAUCCGUUUGAACAUUCGCAUAAUCUGUCGUCUCAUGUUUCUGCUUCAAAUUGGUUAAAAUUUCAACAAGAAUGUCGAUCAGCCGUUCAGAUAUUAACUGAUUACAAUAAAAAACGUUUGAAUAAAGCCUGGGGUUGGUGUCUAUUAUUUACGCGUAAAACAUUACCAAAAUCAAACUUUAAAAAGAAGAAAAAUCAAACACCAACGGCUCAGACGCAAAUGAAUUUUAAUCUGAACCAAUUAAACAUUACUCAAACAAAAAUGAAUGAACACUUGUUCCAUUCGUACUUGGAAAAUAUUAUUUUAAAAAUAUUAUUAUUCGAAACAGUUAAUCUAAACGAAAUAAACAAACAACGUUAUGAUCAUGAGAAAUCUAAAAAUAAACGAUCAGUUGAUAAACUAGCAGAAAUAGAAAUAACUCCAAAUGGUUUGGCUGAUCAAUUCAACCAGACGCUCGGUGACUCUCUGGGUCCACCAGCAAAACGACCAAAAUCCAAUGCAAAUAAAGACCAGGCAUCCGACGAAGAGGAUAUUGACGAUGACGAUGAUAUUCAAAUGGCUUAUUCAAAAGUGGCAACAACUUUUAAAGUUACUCAUGAAACAUGGAAAAAUCGUCGUCGUUUGAAAAAAAAUGUAACUGAAAACGAACUCGAUGUAUCCACGUUUCUUCAUGAACAAAUGAUUAGUGAAAAAUUAAAACAAGAUCAAACUAGCCAAAUUGCAGAGCCACUUUAUUUUACAAUGGAAACAACACCCACUGUAACAACUGGCGCAUACGACGUACGAUUCAGUCUUGUCUCGGAUGAACAUCAAAAUCAACAACAUUUUAGUGAAUUAGCACAUUUUCUUGAACAAUUUCUACCAAAAAUACUAAAAGAUCCUUCAAUAAUGGCCAGUAUAGUACGAUAA